UGCCCCUUGGUUAUAAAAGAUAAGACAGCGACUUUAGUGAGUCAUAUUAAGGCAGACAUGAAUCUCGGUGCUUUGGUUGUUUUGGUGAGUCUCUCUCUCACGGGCGCCUCGCCGACAAUUUCCAUCGUUGGAAAGUCGGGCCUGAAACUGAGCAUACCCGACGAAGAUGGCAUUUCUCUCGUGAUUUUCAGCGUUAGGAACCAGAAUGGAGAAUCUAGAGACUACGUGGUUGAGACGAAGAACAAAGAGUCCGACAGUUGGGAGUACGUAGACACCGAAGCCAACGCUGGACCAGGAGAUGAAGUAGAGUACAAGGUAGCUACGAUGCAGAACGGACUGUUAGUGGAAUCCAAAUGGACGUCAGUUUUCUUAGUGAAGUAUUUCGAACCAGGGCAGUUUCGCAGUCUCCGACAGACCGUGGUUUUCCGGGACGAUUUUAACCACUUCAAUAAAGGUCACUUCACAACAGAAGUGAGCGCCUGGGGCGGAGGGAAUGGUGAAUUCCAAGUGUACACCCCCGAGACUGCUAAUUUAUACACAGCUAAUGGAUACUUAUACCUUAAACCUACACUAACGGUUGACCACCAUUCCUUCAACGAAGGGACGCUAUACAACGGCAAUAUGGAUGUCCGCGGAAUAUGGCACACCUGUACAAAUGGCGUUAACAACGGGUGUCGUAAGUCAGCAUACGGCCAGGAGAUUCUUCCGCCAAUCAUGUCAGGAAAAGUUACCACGCACGCGGCCAUUACAUAUGGAAGAGUCAACGUUAGAGCCAGGGUUCCUAAAGGGGCGUUUUUAUGGCCAGCUAUUUGGCUGUUGCCGCGUGACAACCAUUACGGGAACUGGCCUCGUUCUGGAGAAAUAGAUCUUAUGGAGACAAAAGGAAACGCCUGGACCAGUGAGUGGGGAGGCGAUCACGGGAUCCGCUCCAUUGGUUCCACACUUCACUGGGGACCAGAUGCCGGACACAAUUGUUUCCAAAAAACUCACGGUGAAAAGUACCUGAACCAGCCCGAUGGAUGGCACGGAUGGCAUACCUAUUCUCUGGACUGGACCAAGGAUCACCUAAGCAUUUUAGUCGACAACCAAGAGAUAUACAGACUAACCACCCCCUGGAAUGGGAUGUACAACUAUUGCCCCUACCAUAACAUAGAGGACCCCUGGAGAAACGGUCCACAUAAUGCACCAUUCGAUCAACCAUUCCAUCUGAUUCUGAACGUGGCAGUGGGAGGAACCAGCGGUUUCUUUGCCGAGGGGCAGUACGAUGUGCCCAAGUCCUGGCGUAACGACUCGCCCCACCCCAUGAGGGACUUCUGGGAGCACAGAGGGGAGUGGCUGAAGACCUGGCACGGGGACGAUGUGGCUAUGUUGAUUGAUUACGUAGAAAUGAUCCAGUAUUAAACAUGUAUAAAUGA